AUGUUGGCAAAGCACAAGAUAAAGUGGGCAAUCAUGAACGCGGGCGAGGAAAUGCCUUCGCCACGGGCAACAAAACGAUUCGAGACCACAUCGCUCGCCGGAACGGAGUACGUCGCGUCCCGUCGAGGGGAGGUACCAGACCGAGGUACCAUGAUAAGGGAGUUGGAGCAGCGAAAACUUCGCAACACCCAGGCUUCUGUGGCUUUUGGAUCGGCAAAGAUAUUGUACGAAAGCGAUGCCAUGAGCCGACAAAAAGAUAUUCUGGGGGCGCCGCCGAGAGGCGAAGACGAGAAGCGCAACAAGGAGCUCAAGCAAGCGUUAACCAGGACACACUUCACCUUUGGGGAAGAGCCGAUGGUGUACGAGCGAACAAGUACGCUGCCGGACCCUACAGGGCACCUGGAUGACUACACGGGGGUUCUCAACACUGAGGUGAAGAAUAUGAUCAAGAGCACAAAUCUAUCGUUUGGCAACGCCCCGACGGUGUACAGGACGAUGGCCACCGACCAGAUGGACCUGCAGGUGCCCCAGGGGGAAGACAGGGGGGUCCAGCUCGAGAAGAACCGCCAGCUAAAGGUAAAAUUAGCGGGAAACAGGGGACUUGCCAAGGAGGUCAAGGCGGACCUAUCGCGGACUCAUUUCACCCUGGGGAACCACAAAUUUGACUGGCAAACGGACGCAAUGAGGACACAACGAGCUUCCGGCGGCAUGGUAGCAACAGCGGAGGAGCGACAGGCGCAGAUUGAUAAGAACAGAGCGCUCAAGAAGCAGCUUCAGACGACUCACUACGAGAUCGGCACAGAUGAUGACUACAUGUAG